GCCCAGAACGAGUUGUGUGUGAAAGAUGACCGUCUGCCUUCGUUCCACGCUCAGAACGAGUUGUGUGUGAAAGAUGACCGUCUGCCUUCGUUCCACGCUCAGAACGAGUUGUGUGUGAAAGAUGACCGCCUGCCUUCGUUCAAAGCUCAGAACGUGUUGUGUGUGAUAGAUGACCGUCUGCCUUCUUUUCAAGCUUAAAACAUGUUGUGUGUGAAAGAUGACUGCCUUUCUUCAUUCCAAGGUGUGUGAAAGAUGACCGUCUGUCUUCGUUCCAAGCUCAGGAAAGGUGACUGCCUUUCUUCGUUCCAAGCUCAAAACGUCUUGUGUGUGAAAGAUGACCGUCUGUCUUCGUUCCAAGCUCAAAACGUGUUUUGUGUGAAAGAUGACCGUCUGUCUUCGUUCCAAGCUCAGAACGUGUAGUGUUUUAAAGAUGACCGCCUUUCUUCGUUCUUAGCUCAAAACAUGUUGUGUGUGAAAGAUGACCGUCUGCCUUCGUUCCACGCUCAGAACGUGUUGUGUGUGAAAGAUGACCAUCUGUCUUCGUUCCAAGCUCAGAACGUGUUGUGUGUGAAAGAUGACCACCUGUCUUCGUUCCAAGCUCAGAACAAGUUGUGUGUGAAAGAUGACCGCCUGUCUUCGUUCGAAGCUCAGAACGAGUUGUGUGUGAAAGAUGACCGCCUGUCUUCGUUCGAAGUUUAGAACGAGUUGUGUGUAAAAGAUGACCGUCUGCCUUCGUUCCAGUCUCAGAACGUGUAGUGUUUUAAAGAUGACCGUCUGCCCUCGUUUCAGGCUCAGAAUGUGUUGUGUGUGAAAGAUGACCGUCUGCCUUCGUUCCACGCCCAGAACAUGUUGUGUGUGAAAGAUGACCGUCUGCCUUCGUUCCACGCCCAGAACGAGUUGUGUGUGAAAGAUGACCGUCUGCCUUCGUUCCACGCUCAGAACGAGUUGUGUGUGAAAGAUGACCGUCUGCCUUCGUUACACGCCCAGAAUGUGUUGUGUGUGAAAGAUGACCGUCUGCCUUCGUUCCACGCUCAGAACUAGUUGUGUGUGAAAGAUGACCGCCUGCCUUCGUUCAAAGCUCAGAACGUGUUGUGUGUGAUAGAUGACCGUCUGCCUUCUUUUCAAGCUUAAAACAUGUUGUGUGUGAAAGAUGACUGCCUUUCUUCAUUCCAAGGUGUGUGAAAGAUGACCGUCUGUCUUCGUUCCAAGCUCAGGAAAGGUGACUGCCUUUCUUCGUUCCAAGCUCAAAACGUCUUGUGUGUGAAAGAUGACCGUCUGUCUUCGUUCCAAGCUCAAAACGUGUUUUGUGUGAAAGAUGACCGUCUGUCUUCGUUCCAAGCUCAGAACGUGUAGUGUUUUAAAGAUGACCGCCUUUCUUCGUUCUUAGCUCAAAACAUGUUGUGUGUGAAAGAUGACCGUCUGCCUUCGUUCCACGCUCAGAACGUGUUGUGUGUGAAAGAUGACCGUCUGUCUUCGUUCCAAGCUCAGAACGUGUUGUGUGUGAAAGAUGACCGUCUGCCUUCGUUCCAAGCUCAGAACAAGUUGUGUGUGAAAGAUGACCGCCUGUCUUCGUUCGAAGCUCAGAACGAGUUGUGUGUGAAAGAUGACCGCCUGUCUUCGCUCGAAGUUUAGAACGAGUUGUGUGUAAAAGAUGACCGUCUGCCUUCGUUCCAGUCUCAGAACGUGUAGUGUUUUAAAGAUGACCGUCUGCCCUCGUUUCAGGCUCAGAAUGUGUUGUGUGUGAAAGAUGACCGAAUGUCUUUGUUCCAAGCUCAGACCGGGAUAUAUGUGAACGAUCGAAGCUCAGAACGAGUUGUGUGUGAAAGAUGGCCGUCUGCCUUCGUUCCAAGCUCAGAACGUGUUAUGUGUUAAAGAUGACCGCCUGUUUUCGUUCGAAGCGCAGAACGAGUUGUAUGCGAAAGAUGACCGUCAGUAUUAAACAAUUCCGUCUUGGUUUUGUCAUUUAAAAUACAAAUCAAAACAAAUACAAAUAAAAACGGUCCGAAAUGUUCACAUAUAAUCAUUGACGACGAGGAUAAAGCUUGUUUUUCUGAAGAAUUAUUGAAUAAAAUUAAUAAAUUUAAAUCGAUGCAUAUUCAUGAAUAAAUAAAUUAUGGCUAGCAUACCGGAAUUUCCAAAGUUUACUGUGAUGAAUAGUCUGCAGGUGUCAGAUGGAACAAAUAUGUCGCGAACUCAGAGAAUUUAUUUGUGGGAAUGAACAUAGACAAAAAAAAAGGACAAAGGCAUUGUUGUUACACUACUCUGGAGUUGAGGUAUUUGAAAUAUACGAGACGCUUAUCCUUGGAAAUACUGACAACAAUAAUACAGAAACAAAAUACGCGCUUCAUUAUACAUACUAUCUCAUGCCAAAAAAGAAUAAAGAAUGUGAAAGAUAUGAGUUUCGAAAAUCUAAAACAAAAUAAAGGCGAAACAAUAGAUAGGCGGAACAUUGUGAAUUCAGUGACAAUGACGAUGAUAUUAAAAUUCAGAUGUUACAAGGAUGCGUAUCAAAAAAAAAGAAAGAAAAAAGAAUUAAGUGCUCAGAAGAAAGAAAAGGAAUUGAAAGAUAUAUUGAUUUUAGCAAGAAGUAUGGAAAUGGCGAGAAAACAAGCAUACGCAAUGUACAAACUUGACAGUCUUCUAGUAUACAAAUUUAAGAGACAUAUCUCCCGGCGACGAAAACUAGAAAAUCUUGCGGUUCACGGAAAGAAAACCCAAGUGUAAUCUAGAAACUGCGGAGGAACUUAUCCACAUGCGAGAAAAUGUCCAGCCCUUUCAACUACUGUCAUAAAGGAAAAUAUUGCAUUGCGGUAUCACUGUAUGUCGGAAACGACUGAAUUCAAAAGGAUAACUACACGGAAUAUCCGAAAAUAACAAUGGCCAGCCUGUCAGUAUAUGAAGAAAGAAUUUAGCCUUAAUUAACAUUACUCUAGACCUAUUAGAAAAUUCUAGGCCUACAGUAGAUUAUUUAAUCUCAACAGACAUUGUAAGUCUAAUACGACUGUUUUUGUCUUAGAUAUAGCAAUGAACCCAAUAGUGGUGUAGGCUCUUUAAAUAACCCAUUCUCAUAAUUAAUGUACUGUAUAUAUAAGUCCUUGAUAUUACUUAUUUUUACUAAGUCUAUCCAUAGACUACUCGUCGCUGUCUGUCCUCAAGUUCAUUCGUAGUUACUACCCUUGUUAAUUAACGGAGAUUUCCGAAGGAUAGGCUCGGGAAUUUCCGUCCACACCGGGUUGGUUCAGUUGAAAGAAUUUUAACCAUAGUUAUAGAGUCAGGAAGAAAACUUGCCAGCAGAAGUCUUAUAUGCUUUAAUUUAGAGUAAAUUAUUGGUUGUUACAAGAGCGCACGCACUCUCACGGAAUGAACAAUAAUGGGUACUGUCGUGUUACCAUUCAAAACCUAUAAAUAAGUUAUUAAAGAUAUAUACAUAGAUAGUUGUAAAUAUUUAUUUGGUACCUAAGUUUAGUUUAAACUAAUAUAUUUUAGCAUGAUUUUGACGAAAGCUUUGGUCUUCUUUGAACCCUUACCGAUCACCCUUCUCUAAAAACAAUACGCUCCUGGUUUGGUGUAUGAGAGAAGUUGAGGUCGUGACCCAAGUUUUUAUCUUGUAUCUUAUACCAUGCUUUGCGCAAGCGAACUCGGCCAGAUGAAUCACGCGAUAUGCAAAUGUAUUGAAAUGUGUACACCGGUAAACGAAUAAAUGAAAACUUGACUUUCAGUUUACAAACACUGUUUUAGCUGUUUUAUAAAGAAAGAAAUAACAAUGGAUGACUUCAAAGAAGGUAUGAAUUAUCUAAAAGGAUACCAGCACGUUGCUGACUUUCAAAGAUUUUGCGGAGUGGAAAUUGUUGAAGUUGACGACUUGGAUGAAGACAAAGCCAAUGUAGCCAACGGACACUGCAAUUCUGAAGAAAAAAAUGUGGAAAACGGUACACAGAAUAAUGUGAAGCAUAGAUCUGUGAAAAGUCACACAAAUGGCUUCAAAAACGGAAUUACUAAUCCAAAUGAAAAGGAGUCAAAACUUGCCUAUAAAAUCAACAACAAGUUUUUAUUUUACCUUUUACAGUUUGGGGCCAGUUUAGGAAGUGAGAUGUUUUAUAUAGUGUUUUAUCCUUUUAUGACGUGGAAUGUAGAUAGUCGCAUGACAAGACAGAUAUUACUCAUAUGGUACCCUCUGAUGUAUUUUGGCCAGUUUUUGAAAGAUUGGAUCCAGUGGCCGCGACCAGGUCCACCAGCAGUGCGGUUGGAAGGAAAUCGAUUUGAGAUGGAAUAUGGCAUGCCAUCAACGCAUACUAUAGUUGGAACUUGUAUACCAUUCAGCCUGCUAUUCCUUACUUCAAAAUAUUAUGAGUAUCCAUUUAUACUGGGUUUGCUGGCAGCCAUCACCUGGGCAGGACUUGUUGCAGCUAGUCGUGUAUAUCUGGGAAUGCAUACAGCUUUUGACUGUAUAGCGGGGAUAAGCCUGACAGCUAUAGCACUGCCGUGGAUGUUGAGUGUGGUAGAGUAUGUGGAAUACUAUCAGGUUACCAGUCCAUAUGCACCAUUUGUGUCAUUUCUGAUACCACUUCUAGCUUGUAUAUACUACCCCAAACCCAAAGUUUGGAGCAUUACUCGUGGUGAUACGUCUAACAUUGUCUCCAUAGGAGCGUGCUGUAUUUUUUCAACAUGGUUAAACUACCAUCUUGGUUGGAUGAAGGAGACACCUAAGCCAACAGUUCUACAGCCGCUACCCUCUAUAACGGCAGAGUGGGUGACCUACAGUCUCAUCAGAACCGUAUUGGGAGUUGUAGCACUUGCAGUGUCCAGGAUCAUCACGAAAAAGAUUUUUUUGAAACUAGUGUGCUUUUGCGCUGGUGUGGACACAAAAGACAUUACAAAGCAACGAGAACUUGGUCUAGAGGUGCCAGUUCGUUGGCUCACUAUAGGAGGGUUAGCUGUCUCAACAGUUUUUACAGCCCCUAUAUGCUUUAGUUAUUUAGGUAUCAACAGAGAAAAUUACUACAGCGAAGUUGGUCUAUAGGAAGAUCACUUUUAGACCAAACAUGGAUGUUGCAAUAUUUCUGUAUUUAAGGUUGAAUUGAUGAUGUAAACAUUUGCAUGUCAUGCGCAAAGUGUUUUUGACAUUUGUUUUGCAAACCAUUAGAUUUUGUCAAUCCAAUUUCCUGAGAAAAUACAGCCCGGGGGUGGGGGGGGGGGGCUUAAAGGUUAAUACAUUUGCAAGAGGUUUAUAAUUAUAUUCUGCCAGAGGCUUGUAGGUUUAAAUAACGCAAGAGGUUUAUAGGUUAAUGUAAUGCUGGAUGCAAUAGAAAACUUAUUCUGACAUCUGUUACCAAAAUUUGAACCAUUUUUAGUGAAAUUGUGGCAUAUUUUGUUUUUGUAUCGCAUACACGUUGCUUUUCUAAUUUCUCAAAUGACUUUGAAAAGAAGUAAGGUGUAUGAAAUCUAGUGAACUUGCAUUUAGCUGCUAUAAAUAUUGUUUAUCCACAGAAAAUUUGUAUCAUUUUCACCAUUUUGUACAAUUCACCACAUAUAUGUAGUUUUUAUCACUGUUUACAUGUUGUUAGGCAUAUUGUUGUAGUACAGAAUUGUGUAUUGUGAUAUUUGUUUUUUAUUGCCUGCCCUUUACAGUUGCAGUAUUUUUACUUUCCAACAAGGUGUGUAGGGACUAUCCAGGUACCCGCAUGUACCUGAUAUAAUGUCUGGAGGGACAUAUGUGGUCUUUCUCCACCAUUCAAACUUAAAAGGUGCAAUGUGAUAUAAGAUAUGUUGGUAUAUCAUUGAAGCCUCUUUUGACAGUUUAUUUAUUCAAGAAAUAUUAAUUCAGUAUAGUAAAAUAGAUGCAUUUAUUUAAGGAAAUGAAGUUUAUUAAAUCAUAUGCAAAAAAAUAAUGGCCAUGGGGAUUUUUAUCAAAACUCAAAAUUUUAUUACAAUUUUGUUUUAUGCUAGCUCCUUUCAUACUUGUUUUUAUCAAGGUACCAAAACAUGAAAAAAUUUAAAACAAAUUAAUUCUUGCAAAUGUUCCAUCUGAUCAUUAAAAAAAUACUAAAAUCCUAGUUGACCAGUUGUUUAAUAUAGGUCAUUGUUUGCAAAGACACAUUAUUGUUGAGUGAAUCAUCAUUCAUCAAGUGUGUUUAAUUCUAUAAUUUAAAGUUUAUAUUUCUUAAGAUGAGAUUAAAGUUAUAGAAAUGUUUUAAUCCUGCUAUGCUUUUAUUGUUAUUUUGAAUUAUAAAUCAUAACGUUAUUGAACUUGUUAUGUAAACACAUGAGAUGUAAGAAUGGUAGCACUGUGCACAAGGAGAGUCUAUCUGUAUUUUAAUUGGGGCAUUUAUUGACUAAAUAUUGACUGGUUAGUAUUAAAAUCAUUACUAUUUACUCCUGUUAACGUUUGUGUAUAUCCCUGAAAGUAUGUGCAGAAUAUAAAUGUAUUAAUUUCAUGGACCUGGCCAAGUUGUCAAGAUAAUUAUGGUAGGUUGUGUAACUUAAUUGCAUACACUAUAGGAAGUCUGUAUUUUACAGUUUAGAAAUGUAAACAAGUUAGUAUACUAAGAAAGGAAGUGGUAAUACAAGAACCCAGAAGUAGAACAAAAGUUUAGCUACCUGAUAGUGGUGGACUCAUUGUGAACUUACAUUCCUAUAAUCUUUCUUACAGUAGUUUUUGAACAAACAAAAAUGGAUAUUUAAUCCAAAAGCUUGUUUGUUAGGGGAGGAUAGCGGCGGGGAACCUUUCAGUCAGACAAAACUGUUGUCUGUAACAGUAUAUAUUUCAGACAUUUUCCUUCGGAAAUUUUUUCAUAUAGCCUUGAUUUGGAUUUGUUCAGAAGCAUGUUUUUUAAUUAAAAUCUGUGAAAACAUUAAUAUACAUGCAGACUAAUGCAUUAAUCCACUAAUGUUGAUCCCCUCUGACAACUAAAAUUUCUAUUCAUUGUACCUGUAACAUUAAAAUCAGUGAAUUCAUAUUUCCACAAAGUUAAAACAAGGAAAAUUUGUGUACAAGUAGAUCUAUAUGACAAAAUCUUUUUUUUUUUUUUUUAACGAAGUACAUUUUGUCAUUGUGUUUUAAGGACUGCUGUAAUUUAUUACUCAUGUAGGUCUUUAUAAGGAAAUUUAAAAGGGAAGUUAAUUACUAGAUUUAACAAGUUUUAGAGUGACUGUUUUAUUGUACUACUAAGUAUUGAAGUCCAAAGAGCAUUUAUAAAGUGAUGACAUAAUUAUGUUAUCACUUGUUAACAAUACCUAGUCAUUGCGAUAUAGAUUAAGUUAUGGGUACUAAAGUACUAAAGUUUCUGUAUUUUUGCGUCACUUGCAGUGUAAACAAGGUAUUGGGUGUAUCUAUGUGACAGUAGGGCAACUCUAUAAUGAAGAUAUUUGUUUGAUUCAAUAUAACUUUAUUUUUGAGAAGUAAAGUAAAUGGAAGAUCUUUUUAUGCCCCCGGCAUCUACUGAUGUGGGAGGCAUAUAGUGAUUGUCCUGUCCAUCCUUCCGUUCAUUCGUUCGUUCGUCCGUACGAGGUUAACCAAAUGGGACCGUUUCGUCUAGCAUCAAUACCCCUUACUAGAAUGACUUGAUACUAAUGCAGAUGUAACCUGUGACCAUUCCUCAUCUUCAGACUUCACCUGACCUCAGUUUGACCUUGACCUUGACCUCAUUUUGGACUUAGGUUGCUUUAUAUGGGCCAUCUCUUGGUUAACCAAAUGGGACCGUUUUGUCUAGCAUCAAUACCGCUUACAAGAAUGAAUUGAUACUAAUACAGAUGUAACCUGUGACCAUUCCUCAUCUUCAAACAUCACCUGACCUCAGUUUGACCUUGACCUUGACCUCAUUUUGGACUUAAGUUGCUUUAUAUGGGCCAUCUCUUGGUUAACCAAAUGGGACCAUUUCAUCUGGCAUCGAUACCGCUUACAAGAAUGAAUUGAUACUAAAACAGAUGUUACCUGUGACCAUUCCUCAUCUUCAAACAUCACCUGACCUCAGUUUGACCUUGACCUCGUUUUGGACUUAGGUUGCUUUGUAUCGACAAGGAUGCCACCGGGAGCAUCAAGCGUUUAUUGAACGCAGCUCCUUGUUUAAUUCAUGUGUCUAGGGACAUAUCCUGGCAGAAAAAAACACAACAUAGUGCCUUAGCUAUGCCACUGGUGUGUAACAUUAAACUGUAAAUAAAGUAAAAACAGUAGGACUCUCUCUCCAGUACCAUUGUAAAGAACUGUCCAAGUAGAUUUUUAUUUUUUUUUCAGGAUAACUUACUUAAUUUGAAAAAAUUAGCUUUAAAAUUCACAUACCGGUACUUUAUAUUUUCUGUUCUGUGGAAUUUAAAAAGUACAUGUCUACAUACAGUGAUCAGCAUGUUCAAUAAUGCUGAUGGAAUAUUUUUAUCAUGCUAUGAGUUGACCUGCUAAUGAGUUGACCCAUUAUUGAUUUGAUCUGCAUUGCAAGUUGUUGAGUGUAUGAACAUAUUUACCACUUAAUUGUUAAGUGGUAUCUAAAUAUAGACAACUGUAGUACGCCCAGGGCAGACACUCACCUUGUACUUGUUAAUCUCAAAGCACUACUGUCUCGCUCGUCUUACCUCGUAUUUUGAUGCUGGACAUCAGUAUUUGUAAAUACACAACUAAAACUAAUUUUAUUUACAAUGUAUGGAUGAAAAUUUUGAUUCUUUAUGUUCAAGUUUUGAUAUGAAAUGUUUAUUAGACAUCAGCGCAUAAUGAAAAAUGUGAAUAACUUAAGAAUGGCAAAUAUUAAACUUUACCCUGCUAAAUUUCUAAAAUGGACUGGUCCAUCAUUCAGUUUGGACAGUACUAUUUAUUAUUCAAAGGGAUGUUCAUUAAAAAUUUACUGACUGAAUAGCGAACAGUGCAGACCAUGAUCAGCCUGAUUGGACGUGCAGGCUGAUCUUGGUCUGCACUGGUUGGAAAGGCAGAAUCGCUUGCUGCCAGCAGGCUAAAUGUUGAGCAGCUUUAACCCAGGACCUGUAUUUGUCAGCGUUUUAAGUGUAAAAAUUAGACUUAAGAACAGGAGAUAUUCAGUUUGUUUUAUCUUUGUUUAUACUAUAACUAAAGAGAUGAAAUUUUGUAGCUCCAUAGCUACUGGUUGAAUAUUCAUGCAAAGUUUCAUUACUUGUCAUACUAAUUUAACAAUGACAGAGCAGACAGAAAAUGUAGUAUAUUAAUAUCUAAGUUUUAGACUUAAAAUGUUGAUGGAUAUGGGCUCAGGACUGGACUGGAAAUGGACUUUGUUUUAAUAAAUUUGAAUCUUGUUUUCUGUACUUUACAGGGAAGUUUUUUUAGAAAUUCAUUUUUCCGUGUGUUUAUAUAAAAGGCUAGAUUUACUUGGCACAAGAUUUGAGAAACUUACAUUUUUCAAAAAAACAUUGUAAACAAGUUGCUGUAAAGCCUUUGUAAUGUAAAUAGAAAUUUGACACAAAGACGGAGAUUUUGAACAAAGGAUCUUUGGAGAUGAAUUCUUGGAACAUGGUUAUAGAAUUUUGCCAGUAUUUAAUUGUUUUUCUCAGUUACAAUGUGCAUAACCUCAAUUUUUUGUUUGCUUAAUUCUUUUUACUAAUCUGUCUUCUGUUUGUUAUAUGUUGCUUUGUGGCUUUAUUAAAGGUGUAUUAGAUAGGAAAGCUUAACUUUUUACUUGGUGUUGAAUAUAUCAGAAUGAAUCACUUAAAACUUUUCCUUUUCAUAAAAAUAUGACAAAGACUGUCUGUAAAAACAUUGCUUCAGGUUUGGAUCAACUUAAUUCAUGCAAGAUCUUACCAUAAGAGACCUGUAGAUUCUGUUAGGCAUAAAAAAAAAUUUUUGUUUCCGGUAUCCCGACCUACCCUAAAUUUUUGGCCCUACCCUAAAUGUUUUUAUGACCUUGGAGAAUUUUUUUUUCAACUUUUUAACAAGAUUUAUGCUUUAAACAUGGCCAGUGAUGUUAGAAAUCAACUUACUGAUGCUCUAAAGGCAUAACCCCCUUAUUUGUAUUCAUUUUUUGACACAAAAAUAAUUUCUGAAAAGUCUCCCUUAAAAAAAAAAAAAAUUCCGACCUACCUACCCUAAUUUUUUUGAGCAUGUUACCGGAAACAAAGAAUUUUUUUUUAGGCCUUAUUAGAAACAUCUUUUCAUUGUAAUUUUUUAUGCCCCCGAAGGGAGGCAUAUAGUUUUUGAACCGUCUGUCUGUCUGUCCGCAAUUUUCGUGUCCGGUCCAUAUCUUUGUCAUCGAUGGAUGGAUUUUCAAAUAACUUGGCAUGAAUGUGUACCAAUGUAAGACGACGUGCAGUGCGCAAGACCCAGGUCUGUAGCUCAAAGGUCAAGGUCACACUUAGACGUUAAAGGAUAGUGCAUAGAUGGGCGUGUCCGGUCCAUAUCUUUGUCAUCGAUGGAUGGAUUUUCAAAUAACUUGGCAUGAAUGUGUACCACAGUAAGACGACGUGCAGUGCGCAAGACCCAGGUCCGUAGCUCAAAGGUCAAGGUCACACAUAGACGUUAAAGGAUAGUGCAUUGAUGGGCGUGUCCGGUCCAUAUCUUUGUCAUCGAUGGAUGGAUUUUCAAAUAGAUUGGCAUGAAUGUGUACCACAGUAAGACGACGUGCAGUGCGCAAGACCCAGGUCCGUAGCUCAAAGGUCAAGGUCACACUUAGACGUUAAAGGAUAGUGCAUUGAUGGGCGUGUCCGGUCCAUAUCUUUGUCAUCGAUGGAUGGAUUUUCAAAUAACUUGGCAUGAAUGUGUACCACAGUAAGACGACAUGUCACACGCAAGACCCAGGUCCGUAGCUCAAAGGUCAAGGUCACACUUAGACGUUAAAGAUCAUUUUUCAUGAUAGUGCAUUGAUGGGCAUGUCCGGUCCAUAUCUUUGUCAUUCAUGCAUGGAUUUUAAAAUAACAAUGCAUGAAUGUGUGACACAGUAAGACGAUGUGUCGAGCGCAAGACCCAGCUCCGUAGGUCAAAGGUCCUAAACUCUAACAUCGGCCAUAACUAUUCAUUCAAAGUGCCAUCGGGGGCAUGUGUCAUCCCACGGAGACAGCUCUUGUUUUUUUCUAGUGCAUAUUGUAAAUAAAGCUUUUGACUUGUGCUGUGUAAGAUUUUUUUUUUUUUUUUUUUUUUUGUAUGGUGGAUCCAUCUUUUGUAUUGUACUUUUGAUCUUUUAUAUUUUGUUUUGGUAAUCCAGCAUUUAUCGUAGUAUAUGUAUGUCCUGUGGAAAGAUCCAGUGGGAGACAAAGCACAUAUUGACAAACUUUGCUUUUUUAGAUCAGAUAUGGUUUGUGAAAGAAAGUUUUUGAUGAAAGAAUGGAUGAGUGUUCAAAGUUAACUUAGUUGUUCUAAUUUAAGUAUGUAUAUCAACAUUUUCCAGUUUUGUUGUCAGUUAUUUUUCUAAAAGGUUAUAAUUAAGGUGGCAGCCUAGCUUUGAAAAGGGGUCACAUUUUUCAAAUAAUUCAACACGCACUAUUUCAUAACAUCUGAAAAGUAUUUUUUUUGAAACUAUAGUUUGAAGUCAACUCUUUUGAAGCUACUUCAAAUAUCCUAAAAGUUCCUAAUACAGGUCCCAGGUCAAGAAAUAAUCUGUCAGAAUGAACAAAACUGUAUGUAAAGUGGUUACCAGUUAACACAAUUAUGAUUGUCCAAUGAUGAGACAUUCCCAGCCUUAAUUUAUGUGUCAAAAUUAUUUGUCAAACUAUUGACCAUCUUACAACAUUUGUUCUUGAUGGCAUGGCAUUUAAUUAAAUAAGUUUUUGAUAAAAAUUGGUAACCCUUAUCAAUGCUUACAAGCUACCUUAUUAAAUUCUCUUCUUAUGAUGUGAGAGGACAUUAGCAAGUGGGCUUUUGUGCAUGGUCACUUGUGGAGUUUAGCUAUUCACAAGUUUGGCAGUAUUACCUUGUGUUAUACAAGACUGUGAAAAGCUUUGGACAAUCUCUAUAUCGGUAUAAGGUAUUAGCAUGUAUUUAUAUUUCACCUGGUAAUAUUUGUGAGUGUUAUGUCAUCGACCAGUUUAUCAUAGACAGUUUUUCGUAUAUUAUUAUGAAAGAGCAUGCUGUUCUAGACAUCAACAACAUUCUUAUCCAAAAUCAAUACUCAAAAUGCUUUGUAGGAGAGGAGUUUAAUAUAAACAAUUAUAAGUUCUUAUGUACUAUUUUGUUAUAUAAUUUCUUAUUAAACUGGGUUGUACAUAUUG